UUCAGUUUGAGCAAAGUUGCGGGAGACAGGUUAGUAGAGAAUAAUCCUGCAAUAGCCGAUUUAACUGAUCGAAAUCGCCCAACCAAACUUGGUGAAAUGUACAGCGAAAUAUACGACAAUGAAUGGACAGACGCCUUUGAAGCUCUUAAAGCAGAGGGCUAUGAUGAAGAAUUUGCAAUAUGUACUCUGCAUUUGACUCUUAUAAAUGUUUUCGACUUCUGUAAGAAGACAUCUGAUAGCAUGUUACUGAAGACAGAAGAUGCUGUUAAUUUCCUUUUCAAAGAGUACAACAUACUGCAGGAAACAAUGACUGUCUCACAACACAUGAACAUGACAAAGAGAAGGGUUUCCAGCAUAAAACUUCCUACCAGUUUACAAAAUGAUAUACAAUUGCAAGAAAGAUGGAGAAGGAAAUCACCAAGGGAAGAUUUACAUGAACAAUCUGUCGGGACCUUGAGGGUUGAAAAAUCAGACGUAGUCUCGAGUCAUAUAAAGACGUUGCGAAAGGAGAUAGCGGAGUCCAUGGCCCCAGUUGUCCAGAAGGCUUACACAAGUGAUUGCUGGAUAGAUGGAGAGUUUGUUCCGGAGCUUAAACCAUUCAUAAGGAAAUGUACAUUUCUAUGUUGGAUGAUGGUUGUUCAGGCACCUUCAAUGAAUUUUCAUAUGGUUGAUGCGAACAAGGAUGUUAAUUUUGACAAGAAUAUGUAUAAAGAAUACACAUCUAGUGGACCACUAAUAAAGUUUGUUGUUUGGCCAGCUCUGUUGUUACACGAGAAUGGACCAAUGGUUGGCAAAGGUGUUGCACAGGGAUACAAUUACUCUUGAAAACUUUCAUUUCUUUAUGAAAAGAGGUACAUGUGCAAAAUUGAUUUAAAGAGAUAAGCAAGCGCAUUGCAUAGCUCUUUCUCCGUUCUUAAUCGGAAAAGGUUUAGUUUUGAUAUGUUCAUUUCGCUUUCAAGGGUAUACCUGACCCAACAUCAAGAAACAUAUUGAUUCUACCAUAACAAUUUAUAAAUGUAAAAAUAUGUACCAGAAGUGCAUACAUAAAAGUUACCGACAAAUAUUACCUUUUUAUUGAAAAAAGGAUAUCAGUGUCGAUACCAGCAUCUGUACGAAAACAUUUGACGGUAUUCAUUUUCUGUUUCUUGCCAGGCUUCAUAAAGUUAAUUUUCUAACUACUAAGUGAAUGUAAGUUUUUUAGAGUUAUAUGGCAGAUUUCUAUUUGUUUAUUUAUUUGCUGUAAUGAGUGUGUGGUAUGAAAUAAGAUUCAAACAUUUUGGAAACAAGGGAAUAAUUGUUGUAAGAAAACGAAUGGCUUAAUUAUUUAUUGUAGAUUGUCCCGCUUCCAUUAGCCUUACAUUUAGACUACUAGUUAAAGGUUUAAAAUAUUGUCCGAAGCCAAACAUCAUAAUGUUAUCUAGCUGAAGCAAGAUAUUUUCGAAAUCACUAGAAAUUUAUAUCUUAAAGACUACUAGUACUUUGCAUCUUUUAAAUAUAAUUCUAAAUCUAUUUUUAUAGCCAUAUCUGGUAAAGACUCCACAUUUGAUUUUAAUACAGAGGCAGAUAGCAAUGCAAUUUUGCUUAGUGACAAAAAUACAAAUACAGAUCUAAUUUAUCAAAAGAAGAACAAGAGGCGUAAAACAACUGAGUCAAGAUGAAACUAUUGUCAUGAAGAAAGCAGACAGAGGUUCCAGUGUCGUUAUAAUGAACAAAGAGGAUUACAUUUCUUAAGCUUAUAGACAGCUAGAUAAAUAUUAUAAGAGACAUGAUGAAAACCCACAGAAAGCGUUUAGUAAAGACAUACAUGAUACUCUUUAGAUAAUAUAAGAGAAUCAACUUUAGAAAAUCUAUGACCCUCAAGUACAGACAGAGUGCCACAAUUAUAUAAACCUAAAAUUAAUAAAAUGUUUGACCCAGAUUUACCCUUAGGUUACUCCGGGGACCUGUUAUUUCUGGUUGUGAAGCUUUAACUGAAAAUAUGUCUGCAUAUGUAGAUAGAUCUUGAAGCCAUACGUGGAAUUAUGUAAUUAUGUAAAAGACACAACAGAUUUUAUCAAAAAGUUACAAAACCUCUCUACCAUAGAAAAAGAUAUCAGUGUCGAUACCAGCAUCUGUAUGAAAACAUUUGACGGUAUUCAUUUUCUGUUUCUUGCCAGGCCUCAUAAAGUUAAUUUUCUAACUAUUAGUGAAUGUAAAUUUUUUAGAGUUGUAUGGUAGAUUUCUAUUUUCAGACCUGCUUUCACUCAGAGGUGGAAAGGGUCUUGGUUGGGGUUUGGAGUUUAGUGGAAUUAAAUAAGGCUUUAGAUCAAGGUUACAAAGUCCUUGAAGUGUAUCAAAUCUGGCAUUUCAAGGAAUGUAGCGACACUGUCUAUAAGGAAUACAUCAAUAAGUACUUGAAGAGAAAACAGGAGGCCAGUGAUCAUCCCAACUAGGUCAAAACUCAGGCAGAUAAAGAUAAGUUCAAAAGCGACUAUUUUCAGGCCGAAGAUAUCAUCCUUGAAGAUGUGGAAAAGAAUCCCGGCAAAGGGCCGUGGCCAAAACCAUGCUCAAUUUUCUCUGGGGAAAAAUGCUCAAAACAAUGUCUUGCUCAAAUCGGAGUACAUUGACAAGGCAGCCAGGUUAUACGAGAUCAUGGCUGACCCUCACAAAAAGUCCACUACUUUGACUUCUUUGAACAUGACGAAUUUUCUCUGAUCAUUUAUUCCGAUUACAUGGAUAUGUCAGAACCCCAUGAUGCUGCCAGUGGGGUGGUUGCAGCUUUGGUCACUGCCUAUGCUAGGUUAGAACUGUACUUAGUCCUUGAACGUUUAUGGAAUCGGGUCUUGUACUUUGGCAUAGACAAUUGGAUGUACAUUUACGACCCUGAUAAAUACAACAUCCCCAUUACAGACAGCCGAUUAGGAAAGUGGACUGAUGAAGUACCCAAUGGAAGAACUGUCAAGUACGUUAGCCUGGGUCCUAAAACUACGGUUACCAGUACAAUGUCAAUGGGGAACGCCAAACUGUGCAAGGUCAAAGGCAUUACCCCAGAUUACAAUACCACUCAAAAAGUAACUUUUAACAGUAUGUUACAAGCUGUCCAAAAAAGGGAAUCCUUUUCAGAACUCACUGAAUAAGAUACAGUAUCAAAAGUGUUAUGCUGAUUUUUAUGUAAAUUUCUUAUGUUUUAUUUUUCAUUUAUUAGUAGUAAAAUACUUUGUUUAUUGUUCUCUUUUUUACAUUUUUAAUAUUUUUUAAUAUUCCCACAGUUAGGAAAAUAAUCUUUUAGAUAAGCAUUACUUUGUUAAAUUCUUUCCAAUUCCUACUAAGUAGUCUCAAUAUCCUAACAUCUGUAGCUAGGCAUUAAGCCCGCUUAGCACUUUCCUUAGUUUCAAAGGAUUUGAUCUAAUGUUAAUGCAAAUGUUAAGCUGUAUUGUUCCAAAAACAUAGGUAAUAGUUUGUCUUGCUUGACAUGUAUAACGUGUUAAAGAUUUUCAUAAUUUUUUCUACUACUAAACUAGAAAUUUAACAUCUCCGCCUUAUUUAACUUAUCUGAAAUUUUGCAUUUGGAUUGGUCAAGUUACGGUGACCAAUGGCCAACGAGAGAAAUCCUCAAAAGAUCCCUUUUUCCAGCAGGCAGACAUCAUUCUGGCAACUUUCUUAUGAAGGAGAGUAAUAAAAUAAAACUUGCUGGAAAAGAGAAUUGAUCUUUCUUCUAUAUAUUUUCAUAGGUAAGUGAGUUCCUAUGUAUUUCUUUGAAGUUAUUUGAAAUAAUUAAGUUUAGAAGUCAAAUUAAAUCAAGUUGUUAUCUGACAUUGCUCUGACCAUUUUUGUUAGAAGCAAAAUCUUUGUAGGUGUAAAUAAUUUGUUUGUACAUAAACUUUAAGUUCCUGAUUGAACUUAAAUAUUUUGAAUUUGGUUAAUAUUUCAUUUCAUGGAUAAUGCAUUCAUAUUUUUCUUGAUAUCAUUUUGUGUAAUAAUGGUAUGUUAACCUUAAAAUACCUGUAAGAAUUUUAUUUCUUGCAUACCAGACGGGGAUUUCCGGUAUUUUUACCGGUGCUGGAAAAAUCCAUCUUACACCCUGGGGUGUAAGAUGCCUCUCGUGCUUUAAAUGACGUAUUACGAACUACAUUUAUAUAAAAGAUUUAUGUAGUUAUUUAUAUUUUAUUUCGAAAAACGGAAUAAAAAUCCAAUACCUUGACAGUUCCUCUUUGUUCCUGAUAGUAUAUUUCUCGAUUCAAAACACGUUACUUUAUCAAAAAUUCAUAACGUUACGCUGGAACUGAUAAAACAAAACCGGAACUAAACAUUGUUAUUUGUCUUUGAGACGUCAUGACGUCUUUCCUGUUUACGGACGUUGGUUUCCCGCGCUUUGUUUAAAUAAGCUGCUAUAAGAAAUAGUUCUAAAAAGAAAGCCGUUCGACUGAUUUUAUUUUUAUUAUUAUAUCUUUAUAUCGGUAUGCAAGAAAAGAUUCUGUGACUGGUUAGAGGUGCAGAUGGGAAUAUCCGGCUCUCGGGUAACUGUUUUGGCGGUAACUCGGUAGGAACCUCGUUACCGUCUAAACAGUUACCCUCGAGGCCGGAAAUUCCCAUCUGCACCUACAACCAGUGAAAGAAUCUUAUAAUCUUGAAUUUUUGACAAUAUUUCAAUAUCUAUAAGGUAUGUUCAGUGAAUGAUUUGGUACAAAAUUACAGUUCAGACAUUUGUUAACUGAAAUCCUUAUAUUCUGUUUCAUAUUUAUAAUGAGAUAAAAAUGUAAUCUUAGUGACUUUGCUUAUGCAAAGAAACAUAAAAAUUCAUAACUAGAAAUCUGUAUUAAUUUCUGUUGGAUUAUAUGUAUAUUCAAAAUAUGUUUAUGUUUAUCAUUAGACAUACAUACAUUUUGAUAUGUAAGAUCAUUCUGUCAACUUUUUUAUGGAGGAGAAUAAUAAAAUAAAACUUGCUGGAAAAGAG